AUGAAAGCUAGUAUGACAGCGGCCAUGCUCCUCGGAGCCGCCGGCGUUGCCUGCCAGACGACGAGCCUCACCCUGCGGCUCAUGACAUACAACAUCCGCUGGGCCACGCCCGUCGCCGGCCCGAACGAAGCAUACUGGUCCACGCGCCGGCCCCGCCUCACCGCCCAGCUCAACUACGAGACGGCGGGCCGGCCCGAAUCCCUGCUGUGCAUGCAGGAAGUCGUCGAGCAGCAGCUCCUGGACAUCGCCCAAGACCUCGGCCCCGCCUGGGCCCACGUCGGCGUCGGCCGCGACGACGGCGCCGCCGCGGGCGAGUUCUCCCCGAUCUUCUACAGGCCGGACACGUGGGACCUCGUCGAGAACCGGACCUACUGGCUGAGCGAGACCCCGGAUGUCCCCGGGUCCAGGGGCUGGGACGCCGCGCUCCCGCGCAUCGCCACCGUCGCGUCCUUCAGGCACGCCGCGACCGGCUUGCCGCUGGUCUACAUGUGCACGCACUUCGACCACGAGGGGCAGACGGCGCGGGAGCGCAGUGCGGAGCUCCUGGUGCGUCUCGCCAAGGGAUGGGAGUCGGGGUCGGGUCCGGAGGACACGGCCGUGCCCGUGUUUCUGGGCGGCGACCUGAACGUCGAGCCGGACAACGCCGCCUACAAGACGCUGGUCGCGGAGGGGAACUUGCGCGACGCGAGCGACGUCGUCCCAGAAGCCCACAGGACGGGCCACUCCAAGACGUAUACCGCCUUCACGGACGUCGACUGGGACGACAUGCUCAUCGACCACCUCUUCGUGCGGGACCCGGCUGCUCGCGGCAUCAAGUUCCUGAGCCACGCGGUGCUGCCGAAUCGGUUUGACGACCGGCUUUUCAUCUCGGAUCACCGGCCUGUAGUUCUCGACGCCCAAGUCAGCAUCGAAGCAGCGCCGUAG